CAACGACAAGCUCGGCCGCAGGGCCCCGUGCAUACCUUGGACUCGGAAGCGUUGAUCCUGUACUCGUAGCUGCCAGGCACAUCCAAGACCGCUGGACCACCCGCCUAACAGCCUACGAAUACACACCUGCAGACUCAGCACCCGCCUCAGCACCCGCCUCCACAGAACCGUCCACUCUCUUCUCUUUCCCUCUCUGCCCUCUCUGACUCUUAACCUCACGCCAUCUCAUUCUUCCAUGCCCUCCGUUGACCUCUGUGCCUCUCCCUUCUCCGUUCCCAUUUAACACACCACUCUGCAAUGUGAUAAUCAACCCUCAAGAGUGUCCUUCCAUUCUCUACUGUCAUAUACCACCUGGCCGUGUUCCUUCCUUCGACCUCCUCACCUUGAUCUCUCGACGACCAUCUCACCUGCACAUUCCUCCAGCUGUCACCGAGCAGCCGUUACCCCACCGCUCGCUCUCUACCCAAUUCCACACCUAAUACCCAACCUGAGCGAAGAACAGACCAGUAUACCAAAGCUGUACUACCUCCCACCUCAAAUCUCACCUCUCUCGCCUCAUAGCCUUCCUUGAUCGUCGUUCGUACGAUUCAGACCCCUCCGAGGCCAACCGGGAGAGCUCAUUGUUCGUCAGCUUGCCGAGUCCUCCUCCUUGAGUUGUCAUUGGUGCCUCACUGGACCUGGCCACGACCAUCAGACAAAGAACCAUAACCAAAAAGCUGACCACAACAAACAAGUACCUGCUACUGGUCAACUGACGCUCUCUCUUACAAUCACAAGUCGUCGACUCAUACUCUCUUCGACUUGGGACCGUCAGUCAUCUGGCAUCUGCCUUUGUGCCUGGAGCCUGUUUGACGGUUCCUGCACCCGCUCGGUUCAUUGUCCACUCUCUUCCGGCCUCCCGGCCAUUACUUGAUCCUCUCCUUACCUCUAUCCAUCUACCUAAUCUCCCAACCUACCUCCUUCACAUCUCAACUUCUUGGGCUCUGCCGGUACCAGUCCAUCUCUCGCCAUGACAUUAUAACUCACGUUCUUUCCGCCUGCUUGUUCGACUGCACAACGGGCCACCAGGCUCUGCGUCAUCGUCAAGACCGUUUCCUUUGUUUACUUUUACGACCCCUCAACUCUAUGAGCCUCUGAUCACCCACGACUACUAGGAGUUAUACGCUAUUUUCCCUCGAUCCGCUCACCCCUCACAUGAUCUCGGUGUUGCAACAUUUGAACUUUGGUGGAUUUAUGUUUGGUGUCUUGGAACCACAACUCGACACCCUUUCUGCGCGCUCUGAGCUUGCCCACUCUCAAUCGGUACAGCCAACUCUAAUCUGUCAAUAGCCUUGUACAAAGGAGUUCCGUCGAGAAGUGUGCAUUGUUCCCCACACAUCGCCUUAUUGCAAACUCGUCUGAAGCAUCAAUUUACCAUGGCCACACAGUGCAUGAAGGAUGGCUUCCGCAAGGAUGAACUGCUCGACGGCAGAUUCAGAACCAUUGCCCCUCUCAACCAUGGCUCUUUUGGUAUGGUCUUCCUCGCACAAGAUACCCAGACCAACCAAGAGGUUGCCAUCAAGUGUUUGACCAAACCUCCGGUUUCCGAGCAGGCUGCAGGCGCCACCCUUGACGAGGGUGCUGAGGAGCUUGCCUGCCAUGCCAUUCUCAAGCAUCAUGACCACCUUGUCAAUCUGAUCCAUCACUUUGAGACUCCAUCCCAUACCUACCUGGUCUUGGAAUACUGCUCUCAGGGCGACCUGUACGAGGCUAUCCGCCUAGGCCGAGGUCCACUUCAAACCGACCACGUUCGACGUUUCAUGCUUCAGCUUGUCAGCGCUGUCCAGUACAUGCAUGCUCAUGGACUUUACCACCGUGACAUCAAACCAGAGAACAUCUUCUUGACCCACGACGGCUCCAUGAAGCUAGGAGACUUCGGUCUCUCCACCAGAAGUCUUUGGUCAUACGAGGCGUGUGUUGGAAGUGAUCGUUAUAUGGCACCCGAGCAAUACGACCCUUCUGCAAAUGGUUACUCUCCAGCACAGGCUGACAUCUGGUCCAUUGGUAUCUGUCUUUUGAACGUUUUGUUCGCUCGCAAUCCCUUUGUCACUCCGACAGAGUCGGAUGUCUUGUUUGCAGACUAUCGCCGAGACCGCCAAUCUCUCUUCGACAUCUUCCCCAGCUUGUCUCAAGACGCCUUUGAGAUCCUUUCAUAUGCUCUGGCCCUAGACCCCGCAAAGAGAGACUUGGCUGCCAUGAAGCAAGCCAUCAUGCGUGCAGUUUCAUUCACCACCGAUGACGAAGCUCUCGAUGAUUUCUGUGCUGAAGAACGGGACAUUGUCCGAGCCAGUGCCAACCGAGAACCCUUGCGAACUCCCUCUAUCCAGAGCCCUCACUUGGAUGGAGAAUCCUUCCCGUGGGCCAAGGCCUUACAUUCCGCUUCCAAGUCUCAACGACAACUGGCUAGUAUCCCAGACAUGCUGGACGAGGACCUGUUUGAAUCUGAAAAGACCUCCCAGCUGGCUGACUCGUGGUUCUCCGCUCACAAGAAUACCCCUUCAGCUGCGUCGACCUUUGACUCGGCUUACGGUUCUCUCAAGUCUCUGGCUAUCCCUCGCUCUAACAAGUUCUCUCUGGCGCACGACCCCGUUCCGAUUCCGAAGUCCCUGCCCAAUCGCCCUGGUCGGCCCAUUCCCACCAUGUCAUCGGUGUUUGCCAAACAGGAGUCCGUGGCCAAGAGCUGGAGCGACAUGUUUGAAGAAGACGAGGAAGAAUCAGAACGUGAAGCUGAAGUGGAGCAACGUCAAUCCCGCAACUCUCGAAGCUGGAGCCAUGAAAGCCGUCGACCAUUGCCUGUCCCACCUGGUGUCCUGACCGAAUCCAAGAGUCGCUCGUCCAGCAAUGCACGCCGCAGCCGGACUCCUCGUCCGCUGGUGCCCCUCAAGCCAAGUACACAUGGAUUCAACGAGAAUGACACAUCGGGCUGGCGUUUCAGAAGCCCUCGACAGUCACCUCAUGAAGUUCCCGUGGAUAAGUGGGCAGCUCUGGGCAACAAGAGGCGAAACCCUCAGACGGAACCAGAGCGAUCAAGCACCUACACCAAGAAACGAUCGUUCACCACGGGUUCACGCAAGAGGCCCACUCAGGUUACUGCAGCAGGUUUGGACCAUCAAGUGUGGCACCGCCGCGAGAGCCGGAGCAAAGCACGACCAGCUUAUUUGAACCAGGACUGGCGACAAAACAAGACCAUUGUGGACUCAUCAACGGAUGAAGAUGAUUCCAACGAGUGGGUGGGAGGCUGGCACAACUUCCAUUUGUAAUUCUCUGAGCAUCAGUUGUUGCGAGCUUUUUGAAAAAUAUUGUGUGAUUGGGAGAAUUGAACGGGGGAUUUGCUGUUUCUGAGGGGGGGAUGUGGGAGCAAGGACAUACAGACCACGUUCACCCUCGCUGCUUGUCAUUGAUUGGGACCUUUGACACUGAUGACUUUGUAUUCUGAAGAGGUGUCAUGGAGUGUACCAGUAUAUUUGUGGACCGAAACCGGUCGGUGCUUGGGAUUUUGCAGUGGGUGCAAGGUGCGAGAUGGGUUUUGCUUGGAGCAUUGACGGGAUGAGAAUUCGACAAGAGUGCAGCAACAGCAUGAUAGGAUUUGGCACGGAUCGGGGCCUGGAUCACGCAAUGUUUUGAUUGAAGAAGCGAGGAAGCAACAUCAAUGGAAAAAAAGACACACACGAUCGUUGGUCCGGGGGCGGAAUUUGAUCAAUUCGCGAACAAAAAAAGUCUCCUUCUCUUCCCGACAACUUACAACAUGAAGAUGUUUGGGCUGAGUUCACUUGUUCAGUUUCGACUGAGUAAGGGGACCAUUCUAGUUAGCUAGUAUCUAGAUUGAGACAUGUUUUGGUGCCGGACAUGGCACAAGAGGUAGCGACAACAGAGAAUUAUAGUAUCGCCCCUCAAA